AUGUCCUACUUCAUGUCUCCACAAACUCAUCUGGGUCUUCUGCCUUCUGGGCAAGGUGGGGCUACCUCUCCAGGCUCCUCCCUUGGUGUCUACAGCCCAACAGAGCCAGCGGUGGUGGCCCCUGGUGGGUUAGGCCCACUGAGCCAGCAAGCUGAGCAGCGGGCACCUGCUGCCCAAGCCUGGGGCCCAGCCCUGGCUGUACCAGAAGCCAGGGGCUGUCCUGGGCGUGCUAGCUGGGAGCCACUGUGGCAGAAGGACUACGGCCGUUAUUGCCCCAAAGUCCCUCCUGUGAGGCGGCCAGAGAUCAUGGGCUGGGAAGAUAGCCGCUCCAGAGGCCAAGUGCCCCAGCUGGGUAGCCUCAGCCAGCCCAGGCCCCUGCUGCUGUGCGGGCUGUCACCAGGGGUCCUGCAGGUGCCCCCGGAGGCAGGGGGGCAGGAGGCCGGCUCUCAGCCCAUCUGCAUCCUAACCUUGGCCAUGAUGAUUGCUGGCAUCCCCACCGUGCCUGUCCCAGGCCUUCGGGAAGAGGACCUGAUCCGGGCGGCUCAGGCCUUCAUGACAGCCCAUCCAGAGCCAGAGGGAGCCGGGGGUAGGGUGCGGUGGGAGCAAGCACUCACUCACUCGCCUUCCACGCAGCUCCCUGUAGUGAGAGCCAGGCGAGGCCCACCCCCAGGUUCCUGCUUGUAG